AUGGAGGGAGAGCCGAUGCCCGAUGCCUUGAUCCCCCCAACCCUGCAACUACAGACUAACGUCUCCGAAUUCCCCCCGCCGUCAUUGUCACCAUCUUUUAAGCUCGAUGAAGGAUAUUCGGAUGAUACACGAAGCCAGGCGGAGAAGGAUCUAGGAUCGGACAAUGUUAUGGCACUUCCAAACUGGGUGCUCGCCCUGAGUGAGGCCGGUAGAGCUGGUAUGAUAUCGCUUUUUCUUGGUGAUUCUUUGUCGCGCUUCAAGCACUUCGAGCUCGCAUACAGUCUUCUCCGAUCUCUCCGAACCUCAAGCAUCGUCGCAGUGGUUGACCGAUUGAAUCCUGUUCUCCACAUGGAUCCAGUAGUCAAGCUCCCGCCCGAAGUCACGCUCGAGAUCUUUUCUUACCUCGAACCUCGCACCCUCCUAAAUGCGUCACUCGCAUCUCGUUCGUGGCGUGAUCGAAUUCUGGACUCGGGCUUGUGGAGGUUCCUGUAUGCCAAUGAAGGCUGGCGAGCAAAUCUGCCCGCGAUUCGUGCAUUUGAAGAAGAAAAUUUCGAAUCCGUCUCGCCUCAAACGCGAAAGUCUCGUCUGCGACAUCCCGAACCGGACCUCGGCGAACCUCGACAGAAAAAGCGUGUUCCCCCUACAUGGCUUGACUCACGGAGUGGCGAAGGCGCACCCUCAACCGUGUUUGGUGGCCCUCAACCUGAAGCCGAUGACGAAGGAGAUCACCAUAUGACCGACGAAAAUAACCACACGACCGAUGACCAUGAUCGCAAUGCGGAUUCGUUUACCGAUGACUCGGACUUCACUAUGCUGAAUACCCUCUCUCUGCCUUCUUCGCCUCUAUACCCGCCCCUGCAAUCUUCUAUUCUCAUGCGAUCCUUGAAUGGCAGUGCUCAAAUCAACUGGACCCACCUGUACAAGCAGCGACGCCGCCUUGAAGCAAACUGGCACCAGGGUCGAUACACCAACUUCCAACUACCAGACCCCUCUUACCCAGACGAGGCUCACCGGGAAUGUGUCUAUGCAAUUCAGUUCGAAGGCAACUGGCUGGUCAGCGGAAGUCGGGAUAAGACAUUGCGAGUCUGGGAUCUAACGACAAAACGAUUGCGGUACAAGCCGCUGCAGGGACAUUCAAAGUCCGUUCUGUGCCUCCAAUUUGACCCUAGUCCCGAGGAAGACAUCAUCAUCUCUGGCAGCAGCGAUAAGUCUGUCAUCAUUUGGAACUUUUCCACUGGCGAGCGAGUCCAUCGGAUUGAGGGGGCGCAUCUUGACUCUGUGCUGAAUCUCAAAUUUGACAAACGCUACCUGGUCACCUGCUCCAAAGACCGCACUGUGAAGGUGUGGAACCGUCGUGAUUUACUACCCAAUAGCAGUGACUAUCCGCGCAUGUGUCGGGGAGCCGGAGCCACAUAUCCCUCACACAUCAUUGAUCUCAACGACGUUUCACCGAGUUUCAUCGAGGCUGGCAUUGCCAAUGACCAGAUCAAAGCCCUGAAGCCAUACUCUUUGUUGAUGACCGUGCAAGGACAUGGUGCUGCCGUGAAUGCCAUGCAGAUUAACGGCGAUGAUAUUGUGACCGCGUCUGGAGAUCGCAUGAUAAAGGUCUGGAAUAUUCGCACCGGUGCCUGCACGAAAACUCUGAUGGGCCACGAGAAGGGAAUUGCCUGUGUUGAGUUUGACAGCCGCAGAAUCAUCAGUGGCAGCAACGAUAACACGGUUCGCGUCUAUGACCAUGCCUCAGGAGCCGAGGUGGCUUGCCUUCGGGCGCACAGCAACCUUGUUCGUACUCUCCAAGCAGGGUUUGGUGACCCACCAGGCGCCGAUGAAAUUCUCCGCCAAGAAGCACAGGCUGUGGAGAAUGAGUUCUUCGCUGCUCAAGAGUCCGGACAAGCUGUCUCUUUAGGCCGACGGGAGCAACGACGAUUGAAUGGCUAUGAAACCAACACCCACGGAUCACGGGAUCCCCGCGACAUCACUGCUCUGGGGGCCAAGAUCCCUCCCGGUGGUGGAGGCAGCAAGUGGGCCCGUAUCGUGUCCGGAUCUUACGACGAAACCAUUGUGAUCUGGCACAAAGACGGCGAUGGCAAAUGGACCCAGGCUCAUCAAUUGAAACAACAUGAUGCAGUCGCCAAUGCCGGCCGCGAGAACCUCAGCGAAGUGGCGCGUACCACUGUCGCCGCCCAAGUUCAGCAUUUGCAAGCUGCACAGGUCCUGAUGACCCUUCCUGGACACCAUGCCGGUGGCCAAGCCCCCAAUGCAAACCACGCGCAAGCCGGGCCUGCCAACCACCACAAUCCUUUACACGCACCCCCUGCACCUGCCAAUCAGGCCACACCACAACCCCCUCCUGUUCACCACCAUCAUCACCACGUCCGCAGACCCCCACUGGCCCCCCAUUCAGCUGCGAGGGUCUUCAAGCUUCAGUUCGACGCGAGAAAAAUCAUCUGUGCUAGUGUAGACCCUCGCAUUGUGGGAUGGGAUUUUGCCAACGACGACGAAGAAAUCAUCGAGGCAUGCCCAUUCUUCCAGGGACUGUGA